AUGUCUGAGUUUCCACCAGCUCAGCACAAAAGGGCCACAGGCCAAAAGAAACGGGAACGUCAGCCUUUGGUGUUCAUUUAUUUUGACCGCUUGGAUUUUCAUUACAAGAUUGAUCAAAGUACAACUGAUCCUUCUGCUUUCAAAAGGGAACGUCAGCCUUUAGUGUUCAUUUGUUUUGACCGCUUGAAUUUUCAUUACAAGAUUGAUCAAAGUACAAGUGAACCAUCAGCCUUAGAAAGUGAUCAAGGCGAUAUGAAAAACACAGAAGAGGAAUUCACCACGUUAGCUAUCAAAAUAGGUGUAACUGUCGCCAUUUUCCUUCUCAACAAUGGUUUGGCCUUGAAAGCCAUCGAGCUGUGCCAAGAAAGCUUGAUUUUACUGAACAAUGGUGAUUUAACCGCGGACAGUCCAGUUGCCAAGUCAUUUGACGAACGCAUCCGCACCACAGUGAAAAGGGCGUGGCUCACUCUAUGCAAUUCACCAGGUAUUGAAGAAUACCUCAGGGAACUUUUACUUCACCCUGAAGAGGAAAAGAAAUUUUAUGAAUCAGCAAUAAAUGUAAUGAAAAUAACCGAAAACAGACAAAAAGAAGCGGAAUAUUAUAGAAGACUAGGAGUGCUUCUGUGUUUCUUAGGAGAAUAUAAUAAAGGGAAAGAAUAUUUGGAGAUAGCACUCGCUAUCCAAAUAAAAAUUGGCGACAGACGUGGAGAGGCAACAAGCUACACGGACAUUGGAAUACUGUUCAUGUCGCUUGGCAAAUAUGACAAGGCCCGCGAAUACCUGGAGAAAGCUCUCGCUAUCCAAAUAGAAGUUGGCGACAGACAUGGAGAGGCAACAAGCUACACGAAUCUCGGAGCACUGUUCAUAUCGCUUAGCAAUUACGACAAGGCCCGCGAAUACCUGGAGAAAGCUCUCGCUAUCCAAAUAGAAAUUGGCGACAGAAAUGGAGAGGCAACAAGCUACCAGAGCCUCGGAAGAGUGUUCCUGUCGCUUUGCAAAUACGACAAAUCCCGAGAAUACCUGGAGAAAGCUCUCGCUAUCCAAAUAGAAAUUAGCGACAGAAAUGGAGAGUCAACAAGCUGCGCGAACCUCGGAGCACUGUUCACAUCGCUUGGCAAAUUAGACAAGGCCCAAGAAUACCUGGAGAAAGCUUUCGCUAUUCCAAUAGAAAUUGGCGACAGACAUGGAGAGGCAACAAUCUAUGGGAACCUCGAAACAGUAUUCGGGUUGCUUGGCAAAUACGACAAGGCUCAGGAAUACCUGGAGAAAGCUCUCGCUAUCCAAAUAGAAAUUGGCAACAGACAUGGAGAGGCAACAAGCUACCAGAGCCUCGGAACAGCGUUCAUAUCGCUUGGCAAAUACGACAAGGCCCAAGAAUACCUGGAGAAAGCUCUCGCUAUCCAAAUAGAAAUUGGCAACAGAAAUGGAGAGGCAACAAGCUACCAGAGCCUCGGAACAGUGUUCCAGUCGCUUGGCAAAUACGACAAGGCCCGAGAAUACCUGGAGAAAGCUCUUGCUAUCCAAAUAGAAAUUGGCAACAGAAAUGGAGAGGCAACAAGCUACCAUAGCCUCGGAACAGUGUUCCAGUCACUUGGCAAAUUCGCCAAGGCCCGAGAAUACUUAGCGAAAGCUCUUGUUAUCCAAAUAGAAAUUGGCGACAGAUAUGGGGAGGCAGCAAACUACUCCAACCUUGGACAACUGUUCAUAUCGCUUAGCAAAUACGGCAAGGCCCGAGAAUACUUAAAGAAAGCUCUCGCUAUCCAAAUAGACAUUGGCGACAGAACUGGAGAGGCCACAAGCUACGUGAACCUCGGAGCACUGUUCAUAUCGCUUAGCAAAUACGACAAGGCCCGAGAAUACUUGGAGAAAGCUCUCGCUAUCCAAAUAGAAGUUGGCGACAGACAUGGAGAGGCAACAAGCUACUCGAACCUCGGAGCAAUGUUCGUAUCGCUUAGCAAAUACGACAAGGCCCGAGAAUACCUGGAGAAAGCUCUCGCUAUCCAAAUAGACAUUGGCGACAGAAAUGGAGAGGCCACAAGCUACGUGAACCUCGGAACAGUGUUUCGGUCGCUUAGCAAAUACGACAAGGCCCGAGAAUACUUGGAGAAAGCUCUUGCUAUCCAAAUAGAAAUUGGCAACAGAAAUGGAGAGGCAAAAAGCUACAAUAACCUCGGAACACUGUUCAUAUCGCUUUACAAAUACGACAAGGCCCGAGAAUACUUGGAGAAAGCUCUGGCUAUCCAAAUAGACAUUGGCGACAGAAUUGGAGAGGCAGCAAGCUGUGGGAACCUCGGAACACUGUUCAAAUCGCUUGGGAAAUAUUACAAGGCUCAGGAAUACCUGGAGAAAGCUCUUGCUAUCAAAAUAGAAAUUGGCGACAGAAAUGGAGAGGCAACAAGCUACCAGAACCUCGGAACAGUGUUCCAGUCGCUUGGCAAAUACGACAAGGCCCGAGAAUACCUGGAGAAAGCCCUCGCUAUCCAAAUAGAAGUUGGCGACAGAUAUGGAGAGGCAACAAGCUACUCGAACCCCGGAGCACUGUUCAUAUCGCUUAGCAAAUACGACAAGGCCCAAGAAUACCUGGAGAAAGCGCUCGCUAUCCAAAUAGACAUUGGCGACAGAAAUGAAGAGGCCACAAGCUACGUGAAUCUCGGAACAGUGUUUCGGUUGCUUGGCAAAUACGACAAGGCCCGAGAAUGCUUGAAGAAAGCUCUCACUAUCCAAAUAGACAUUGGCGACAGAAAUGGAGAGGCCACAAGCUACGUGAACCUCGGAGCACUGUUCGUAUCGCUUAGCAAAUACGACAAGGCCCGAGAAUACUUGAAGAAAGCUCUCGCUAUCCAAAUAGACAUUGGCGACAGAAAUGGAGAGCAUCUCAAUGAUGUGCGUGACAGUGUUAUGAACACCUCGCCUGUGGAACAACAUGAUCAAAGCCAUACUGAUAUGAAAGACACAGAAGAGGAAUUUACCACGUUAGCUAUCAAAAUAGGUGUAACUGUCGCCAUUUUCCUUCUCAACACUGGUUUUGCCUUGAAAGCCAUCGAGUUGUGUCAAGAAAGUUUGAUUUUAUUAAACAACGGUGAUUUAAGCGCGGACAGUCCAGUUGCCAAGUCAUUUGACGAACGCAUCCGCACCAGAGUGAAAAGGGCGUGGCUCACUCUUUGCAAUUCACCAGGUAUUGAAGAAUACCUCGAGAAACUUUUACUUCACCCUGAAGAGGAAAAGAAAUUUUGUGAAUUAGCAAUAAAUGUCAUGAAAAUGACCGGAAACAGACAAAAAGAAGCAGAGUGUUAUAGAAGACUAGGAGUGCUUCUGUGUUCCUUAAGAGAAUAUAACAAAGGGAAAGAAUAUUUGAAGAUGGCACUCGCUAUCCAAAUAAAAAUUGGCGACAGAAAUGGAGAAGCAACAAGCUACGCGAGAAUUGGAAUACUGUUCAUGUCGCUUGGCAAAUAUGACACGGCCCGAGAAUACCUGGAGAAAGCUCUCGCUAUCCAAAUAGAAAUUGGCGACAGAAGUGGAGAGGCAACAAUCUAUGGGAGCCUCGGAACACUGUUCCAGUCGCUUGGCAAAUACGACAAGGCCCGAGAAUACCUGGAGAAAGCUCUCGCUAUCCAAAUAGAAAAUGGCGACAGACAUGGAGAGGCAGCAAUCUAUGGGAACCUCGGAAUAGUGUUCCAACGGCUUGGCAAAUACGACAAGGCCCGAGAAUCCCUGGAGAAAGCUCUCGCUAUCCAAAUAGAAAAUGGCGACAGACAUGGAGAGGCAACAAGCUACACGAACCUCGGAAUAGUGUUGAUAUUGCUUGGCAAAUACGACAAGGCCCGACAAUACCUGGAGAAAGCUCUCGCUAUCCAAAUAGAAAUUGGCGACAGAAAUGGAGAGGCAACAAACUACACGAACCUCGGAACAGUGUUCCAGUCGCUUGACAAAUACGACAAGGCCCGAGAAUACCUGGAGAAAGCUCUCGCUAUCCAAAUAGAAAUUGGCGACAGUCAUGGAGAGGCAAAAAGCUACGGGGGCCUCGGAACAGUCUUCCAAUCACUUGGCAAAUACGAAAAGGCCCGAGAAUACCUGGAGAAAGCUCUCGCUAUCCAAACAGAAAUUGGCCACAGAAAUGGAGAGGCAAAAAGCUACGCAAACAUUGGAAUACUGUUCAUGUCGCUUUACAAAUAUGACAAGGCCCGAGAAUACCUGGAGAAAGCUCUCUCUAUCAAAAUAGAAAAUGGCGACAGAAAUGGAGAGGCAACAAGCUACACGAACCUCGGAACAGUGUUCAUAUCGCUUGGCAAAUACGACAAGGCCCGAGAAUACCUGGAGAAAGCUCUCGCUAUCAAAAUAGAAAUUGGCGACAGAAAUGGAGAGGCAACAGGCUACACGAACCUCGGAACACUGUUGGAAUCGCUUGGCAAAUACGACAAGGCCCGAGAAUACCUGGAGAAAGCUCUCGCUAUCAAAAUAGAAAAUGGCGACAGACAUGGCGAGGCAACAAUCUAUGGGAGCCUCGGAAAAGUGUUCCAGUCGCUUAGCAAAUACGACAAGGCCCGAGAAUACCUAGAAAAAGCUCUCGCUAUUCAAAUAGAAACUGGUGACAGAAAUGGAGAGGCAGCAAGCUACGGGGGCCUCGGAACAGUCUUCCAAUCACUUGGCAAAUACGACAAGGCCCGAGAAUACCUGGAGAAAGCUCUCGCUAUCAAAAUAGAAACUGGCGACAGACAUGGCAAGGCAACAAUCUAUGGGAGCCUCGAAAAAGUGUUCCAGUCGCUUAGCAAAUACGACAAGGCCCGAGAAUACCUAGAGAGAGCUCUCGCUAUUCAAAUAGAAACUGGCGACAGAAAUGGAGAGGCAGAAAGCUACGGGAGCCUCGGAACAGUGUUUAUAUCGCUUGGCAAAUAUGACCAGGCCCGAGAAUACCUGGAGAAAGCUCUCGCUAUCCAAAUAGAAAUUGGCAACAGAAGUGGAGAAGCAACAAUCCACGGGGGCCUCGGACCACUGUUCAUAUCGCUUGGCAAAUAUGACAAGGCCCAAGAAUACUUGGAGAAAGCUCUCGCUAUCCAAAUAGAAACUGGCGACAUAAAUGGAGAGGCCAGAAGCUACGUGAACCUUGGAGCACUGUUCGCAUUGCUUGGCAAAUACGACAAGGCCCGAGAUUACCUGGAGAAAGCUCUCGCUAUCCAAAUAGAAAUUGGCGACAGAAAUGGAGAGGCAACAAGCUACACGAACCUCGGACCACUGUUGGAAUCGCUUGGAAAAAUCGACGAGGCCCGAGAAUACCUGGAGAAAGCUCUCACUAUCAAAAUAAAAACUGGCGAAAGACAUGGCGAGGCAACAAUCUAUGGGAACCUCGGAAGAGUGUUCCGACGGCUUGGCAAAUACGACAAGGCCCGAGAAUACCUGGAGAAAGCUCUCGCUAUCCAAAUAGAAAAUGGCGACAAAGGACAAGCAGGGCAUUUCGAAUGCCUUGGGAUAAUUUCUCAUAAGCGUGGUGAGUACGACAAUGCUCUAGAAUAUUACAAGAAAGCCCUUGAAAUUUACAUGGAUAUUGGCAUAAAAGAAGGUGUUGCUGUCAGUUACGCAGAUAUAGCAUUGUGUUUCCAAUCGCUCGGUAAAUAUGACAUGGCCGAGGAAUACCUCAGGAAGGCUCUCCUAUUAAGCAGGGAUAUUGGAGACACCUUACUUGAGUUUAAAUGCCUUCUUGGUCUAACGGAUUUGAAGGUAUCACAAUUUGAUCCUAAAGAAGCCUUUUCGUUUCUUUUCCAAAGCAUUGAAAUGUUUGACACUUUGCGAGGAUCUCUUAAAGACAACGAUGAGUUUAAAACAUCACUUUUGGAGAGGCACGGCGUCUUUCCCUACGAGUUACUCAGUUGUUUGCUUUCUUCCGGGGCAAAGCCACAAGACGCCCUCUAUGUCGAGGAGCUGAGACGGGCGAGGGGCUUAGCCGACUUGAUGGCAGCUAGGUACUCUGUUGUAGAGCAGAUCUCAGGCGAUCCAAAAUCAUGGUAUGGGAUUCAAAAUAUUGUCGCAAAGGAAACUGACUGUGCAUGCCUCUACAUUUCUGUUGGAGAAAAGUAUAUGCGCUACUGGAUUCUCAAAGCAACAGGGGCUGUUCUCUUUUCAGAUGAGGAAGUGAGCCUGGACAAAAACGUGGUGACCGGAUUAGUCCCUGACUUGGAUGAGUUUUUUACGGAAAGCUUUCGUGGCCUUGGCAUUUUACCCCAACAGAAUUGCGAAGAUCGAUCUCUAGAUGACACUGAAUCGGUGUCACUUGACCAUGAAAAUCACCCGCUCUGGCGCGAUUGUGAUGACAAAGGUAUCAAGACAAAUCUUCACUUGUGCUACAAGAUAAUCAUCGCUCCUGUGGCUGCUUUACUGAAGGAGCCCGAAAUUAUCAUUGUCCCUGAUUCCUGUAUGUACCAGGUACCAUUUGCGGCUUUAACUGACGAUGGAGGAAACUUUGUAUCAGAGACAUUCAG